AUGAAGUACCCCAAAGUUGUCGGUUAUGAGCUUAUUCAGAAAAUUGGAGGUGGUGGGUUCUCGAGUGUAUUCCGCGCAGUACACAUAGAAAACCACGAGGUGGCCGCCUGUAAAGUCAUCUCCCUUACCGAGCAAACAAGUGAGAAAGAUCGCAAGAUUAUUGACAAGGAGAUGAAAGUACAUGCCGCGCUCAAACACAGAAACGUGCUCGAGUUCAUCAACGCUGUCGUCGUAGAGCUGAAGUACAAGCAUCAUUAUUUUCCUGGAAUUUAUAUGUUACUGGAGUUGGCAGCUGGUGGGGAUCUAUUUGAUAAAAUAGCCCCUGAUGUUGGGGUUGGGGAAGAUGUAGCUCACUAUUACUUCAGUCAGUUGGUAGAUGGCAUGGAUUACAUCCACAGCCAAGGAGUAUGCCAUCGAGAUCUUAAGCCCGAAAACCUACUUUUAGAUGCAGCUGGUACACUCAAGAUCUCCGAUUUUGGUCUCUCUGCAGUGUACAAGCUGAAAGAAUCGGGGAAAACGCGUACUCUGAGUGAACGGUGUGGCAGUUUACCAUAUAUAGCGCCUGAGCUCAAUAUCGACAAGCCUUAUCAAGCUGAACCGAUCGAUGCAUGGGGCAUGGGUGUGAUACUGUUCACUCUCCUUGGGGGAAAUACACCCUGGGACGAACCAACAAAACGCAGUCCCGAAUAUUGUCGUUAUCUUUCUGGCAAGAUAUUUGAUGAAGCACCAUGGAAUCGGUUUAGCGAGACAUCUUUAUCACUCAUUUGUGGACUGCUUACUAUUGAUCCCGCAAGUAGAAUGACCCUUCCGGAUGUCUAUCAGCAUCCAUGGUGCACAAGACCAAGUCAGCUUGCACAGCGUGGAGUAAUUGCUCUCGCCGAAGAACUCACUCAGAACUUACGUGUAUCUGGAGAUCUGGGGUAUGCAAUACCAGAAUCUGCUAAUCCGAGGGGCAACCAAGAUGCAGAUGGAGACGAAAUGAUGCUAUCAGCAACAUAUCAAUCUCAAUUCACUCAAUCUUUGCUUCUUUUUUCACAAACUCAAUCAGGCCGCCGAUAUACACCUCAACUAACCCGCUUCUACGCUUCUCUCGGACCGGGCCUACUGAUUAAUCUGAUCAAAGAAAGUUUGGACUCCUUAGGCGUGAAAUACAAAGACGCACCUCCUGAAAAUGCCAAUUCGGAUGGAAGAGGUGAAAUUCUCAAACUGAUUGUUGGUGGAUAUGACCGGAGAAAGAUUAUGUUUAAAGGAUGGGUUGAACUGGAGAGAUUCAACUAUAGGGGGACAGAGGGAACGUUUUGUUUGAUGAACCGGAAUGAGGGUAAUCCAAUAUCGUGGCGCCAGCUGUGGAAGUCAUUAGUCAAGUCUCCAGCAGUCGAUCCUCAUGUGCUGAGGAAGUGAAAUUGUGUUCCAUCUAUGUAGGGAUUGGAUAUCGGAUUUCUGAAUAUUUUUCAGUCAUUAAGCGGUCUUGUUCGGAAUACUUUAGUAUUCAUAGAGUGCGCCAUUACCUUUGCUUGGUGUUGGGUGUAGGGCUAUACUUUCUUUUCUAUGUUCGUGCCAGACUAUCAUGCAUUGUUCUUAUCGAAAAAAUCGUUUACCAAGUUACACAAAUUCAAUCUU